UCUGUUACCUUUGUAGAACACCCGUGGCCUAGGCAGCACUUCUUCAGUCAACAAAACCCAAAAAUAAACUCACCCAACCGACUCGAAACCCCCUCUCACUUAUCUAAAAACUCUGGGCCCCUGUUAUCGUCUAUGGGCCAGCUUUGUACACAACAACAUACACAUACCCACUACACACAAAACAUUCUCUCCCCUACAAAAAAACGCCCCACCCAGCAGCAGUAAUGGAACAUGGCAAGUGCCCUGAAACAGAGGAACCGAAUUUGGACUCAUCGUAUGCCUUUUCUCCGGGACAAGACAUUGAGAACCUUACUUCACACAUUCAGUACCUAAAACAAAAAUUGAAAGACAAUCUUACUGGAUUCGAUUGCGAAUUUAAAUUCAUCGAAAGCCAAUCUACAAAACUCAACAAACCUAAAGAUUUCACUGCUGCUUUUCACCUAGAAAACUUUCCCAAGAAUAGGUAUAAGAACGUUUUGCCUCCCGACAAAACCCGUGUAAAACUUCAAAAUGAGACCAACUGCUCUGAUUAUAUCAAUGCCAGCCACAUUGUCAUAGAGUACGAAAAUAUCUACAGGCAAAAAUACAUCUCAACACAAGGUCCCGUCCCAAGUACCGUGCCGGAUUUUUGGAGAAUGGUAUGGCAAAACGAUGUCAGAGUCAUCGUCAUGCUAACCAAAGAGGUCGAAUCAGGCAGUAUCAAGUGCGCCAAAUAUUGGCCUGACUCAAAUAGCAUAACCUACCAAGAUAUAAAAGUAGUCCAUUGCUACACUCGCGAUGCGAACCCAGAUAUACUUACUAGAAUCUUCAGAAUCGAGCAUUUAGAACCGGGUACUGGUCCGCGUACGCUCAUACACUAUCAAUAUACAGAGUGGCCAGACCAUGGGCUGCCCUCUUCGACAAAGCUAUUUCUUGAGUUAGUCCACAGGGUCAACCGACAUUCUGGCAAAGAGCCUAUCCUCGUACACUGCAGUGCUGGAAUUGGUCGGAGUGGCACUUUUUGCACUGUUCACUCUGUUGUAAAUAUGAUGCGCAGAUAUGUCGUUGCCUUCAACAGUCUUCCAAAACUCAAUAUCGUAAAGACCGUCCUUUGCCUCAGGUCUCAGCGACCAGGGAUGGUCCAAAACAAAGAUCAAUACAUGUUUUGUUACUUUUCCAUCCAUGAAGAAUACCUCCGUUGCAAAGAAAUACUAAGCAGUUUGUCUACACCCCCUCGCAAACAAAAAUCUUGACAAUAGGUCGGAAGUAUGCAUCUCAGUUAUAGAAAAAACUCUUGCAGUCUCAAAAUCUUUAGGUUACGCUAAGUUGUUUUAGCAUUAUCUGAGUACCGAGAUUCGUGAGAAGAGUGCAUAGUACUCGAAUUUAUAGGUUUAAGUCGGAUGCAACAGUCUGAUCAUCAAGAACAAGUUUCUGGUAUCUCUUCAGCAACACAGAAGCCAUUUUUCGUUCGAAGAGAUGAAAGUGAAACGUUUACGCAUAGCAAGGUCUG